CAGGAGGAGUCCAACGUGCGCUCCCUCAAACGCCUCUGUCGUACCGAGAUCCAACUGGCGCUGGGCAAUGCGGACAGCAUGCAGGCCAAGAUUGGCGGGCUGCCGUUGCCGGAACACCUGCGCUCCUUUGUCUCCAUGCGGGCCCUGUGAGCGGGCGCACUGCCCGACGUAUAUGCAGGUGUAGGCAUUGCAGCAGUGUAGCAUUUAUGCUUGUGGACAACUGCACGUGCGCGUGCGCACUGAGCUCCAGUUCUCUUACCCCGACCCCUGCACUUUGCACCCUCCACACAGACACACAGCCGCACACAGAGAAUUCUUGA